AUGUGAAAAGUAAAUUACCACUCCCGUUUCCAUUCAGGUUUCUAUAUUUGUCUUCUUAGAAGAAAGCGUCUGUGCUGACAGUUAUUUGCCGGUUCCCCGAUUUCUGUUACAACAUAUUGCAGCUCAAGUUUCAGUUACAAGUAUUUCAAUUUUUCCGAAAAAUGACGAAGGUUCCUAACGUUAAGCUUAGUGAUGGAAAGGAAAUGCCAAUCAUUGGGCUAGGUACUUGGAAGUCAAAACCUGGUGAAGUUUUGAAUGCUGUGAAGGUUGCAAUUGAUGUUGGAUAUCGCCAUAUUGAUUGUGCUUUGGCAUAUCAAAAUGAAAAUGAAGUUGGCCAAGCCAUAAAGGAAAAGAUUGCAGAUGGAACUAUUAAAAGAGAAGAUAUUUUUGUGACCAGCAAGCUUUGGAAUACAUAUCAUAGAAAAGAGAAAGUACCUGAAUGCUGCAACUUAUCCUUGAAAGCAUUAGGCUUAGACUAUUUAGAUUUAUAUCUCAUCCAUUGGCCUAUUGCAUAUAAGGAAGGCACUGAACUUUUCCCCAAGAAUGAAAAGGGAGAGAUGCUGUGUGAGAAUAUUGACUUUAAAGAAACAUGGAAGGGCAUGGAGGAAGUUUAUGAAAAAGGCCUUGUGAAAUCCAUUGGUUUAUCUAAUUUUAACAGUGAACAAAUUAAGACCAUUCUGUCAAUUUGUAAAAUCAAGCCUACUGUGUUGCAGGUGGAAUGUCAUCCAUACCUUAAUCAAAAUAAAUUAAUUGAAUUUUGCAAAAGUCACAAUAUUGCAGUGACAGCUUACAGCCCUCUUGGUUCUCCUGAUAGACCAUGGGUGAAGCCUGAUGAACCUUCUGUUUUGGCUGACCCCCGAAUUAAAGAGAUUGCUGAGAAGCGCAACAAAAGUCCUGCUCAAAUUUUGCUGAGAUUCAAUGUUCAACGUGGAGUAAUUGUUAUUCCUAAAAGUGUAACAGAAGAAAGAAUUCGAAACAACUUUGAGAUUUUUGACUUUGAACUUACACCUGAAGAAAUGGAUCUUAUCAACAGCUUCACAGAAAACUAUCGCUAUUGUCAUCUAAACUGGCUGAAAAAGGAUCCAAACUUUCCCUUCAAUAUUGAGUAUUGAUCUCUUCAUAUGGUGGCCAUUUAUGGAGUGAUAUUGCACUAAUAUCCUUCAAAAAGUUUUGCAUUGAUUAUAAUAAAAAAAAUUUUUUGAGAA